CAGUUUAAACACGCAGUAUUAGAAAUUCCGCUCAAAUUUAUAAGUCAAGCCUAUAUCUGGGUUCCCUAGUAUAGAUCUAUAUUUAGCCCAAAAUUUAAAAAAAAGGGAAACCACUAUAAUAUACAAAAUUAUCAGUAGAUGUUGAUGUUCAUAUACAUGUUAUUUCAUGGAAUUUUAAAAAGAUUUUGAAAAGUUUUCAUAGUUAUCCAGCAAUAUUUGAGUUUACUACUGUAAUACAGCUCAAUGUAUGAGAAAAAACAGUGUACCUUCUCAAAAGAUCGACAAGAGACGAGAAGCAAGGGCAACCAGUUUUUCUAGCCAUGUUACUGUACAUAACAAAUCAAAGCCAAAUCAAAGUUUAUCUUCACCAGCAACUCCAGUACAUUCCCAAUAUUCAAUCACGUCGAGUUCAAACAUUUUAACACCAAGUGAAACAGCAUAUUUUACCAGUUCUCUAAAUGAAGGAUAUGGGAACGUCGAAGAAGUUUCUGAAAACUUUUCUUUUGACACAAACGUUCUUAAUGAAAAUGACGAAGAAGAAAUUUUUAUAGCAACCCCUUUAGAACUGGGUUAUUUUCCUGCUUCUGAUGCAAAUGAUAAAGAAUUUGAUUUUGAUUCAUCUAAAACCUGUUUUUCAACAUUUGAUUCAAUAGAAACAUAUACUUCUCCUUUUCAUUCCACGCUUUCUAGUAACUCUGACAGUGACUCAGAUACAGAGGAUAAAUUUGUGUUAUUUUCUGAUACUUCAUCCGACGAAGAAUACUUUUCCGUAACUUCACCAAAGUAUUAUGAUAUAAAACCAUUACCAUCCGGAAACUUGCCCAACUUUGACGAACUUGAACCAGUUAAUAAGGACAAAGAAUUGUUUAAGCCUCCGGUAAAUCCGCUAGUUUCUAAAAGAACACCAACAGCAACAACAACUUAUUCGUCAGAAUCAAAUGUAGAAGAAUUAUCAUAUAUCUUUGACAAAUCGCAUUCUUCAGUUAAAGACGGUCAUAAGAAAGAGAAACGUGAAACAUCAAUAGCAGCAGACGAAAAGAAGACUGCAACAUUUUGUUCAACAAAUAUUCAGACAGCAUUGUUAAGUAAAAUAACACCAGAUAGAAAAAGUAAGAAAUUAUACCACAGUCCUUUCGACGACUUUCUUAAUAUGCAAUUACAAAGGAAAACUCUACAUACAGAAGAACCUGGGUCUAAAUCAGGACAUGACAGAGAUAUAGAAGUGGACCUUGAAAACUUUGAGACUGAAGUUGGCAAAGCGUUUGAAGAGUCAGUGAGUGAAGGAUCGUUAAUGCCAUUACUAAAACAGGAACUUCAAUGUAAAAUACAGGUCAGACGUUUAUCAAUGGGACAAUCUGAGUUAGUGCUUGAACCUGAAGAGCCAAAGGUAUAUAAACUUACAGAAGAUGAAAUAAAAAAGAAACAGGCACGCCUAGAACAGAACCGUAGAUCGGCAAAGAAAUCGAGACACAAAGCAAGAAAACAUGAACAGAAUCUUUUAAAUCACAUCAAAAAGGCAAUGACAAAAAAUACAAAACUGCGAAAAGAAAUUUCAAAACUGCAGACGAUAAGAGACAAGUAUAAAAAGACGUUUGAUCUUCACAUGGUGUCCUGUACAGCAACAAGUUCUUCAACAAGUUCUUCAACGCCACCAUAGCCGAGUGUCAGAUUAUCAUAGCUUCAGCUGGCUGAAAGCUUUAGCAUAGAGAAAGUCUUGAUGGGCAUUACUUAAAUACGCGCGAUUAAUCCAGCAGUUUUUAAAGAUAUGUAUAGUACCCAAAUUACAGACAGGUAUUUUACAUUGGACCGUCUGUUGAUAUACUGCGUACAAUGUAUGAGUUUUACAUGCACACAUGAACACUUUAAACAUGUCACAAUUGUUUAACGGUGCAAAUGCAACUUGGAUGAAACAUGUUUAAAUGUCUACAUGUAGGUAUUAAGUAUUAUUUUUCUAAAGAAGUUGGCAAAACGAAACAUCAGUAAUGUGUACAAUUGAUUCCUCAGAACGAUGAACAGAUGAUGUAUAUAUCCCUUUUCAUAUUUGAAUUAGUAAAUAUAAGAAUCAGUUUCCAAAUAUCUUAUACAUUUUAUCGCUUUCAUAUUUUAAUUCAUAGAUUGUAACAGUAAUUCUUACGUACUACUCGUACAGAUAUUAACUAAAAUACUUCGACAAUUUUUUACUGGUCAUAAUUAACUUUGCUCUGUUUAUUAGAAUUAUAUAUACAUAAAAUACUUUAUUAAGAAAUAACCUGAAUAUUCACCCGAUUGUAAUUCAUACUCGUAUAACCUCAGCUUUAUUUUAGCCGCGAACUGGUUUGUUAAUAUUUAUUCAUAUUGUUGUCACAUUGUCUUUUUAUCUAAUAAUUCAAAUACCUUUUAUAUGUAACUACAAUGCAUACUUUUAUGGGUUUUUUUGUAUUAUUAUGGAACUUGUUAGCCGCGAACUGGUUUGUUAAUAUUUAUUCAUAUUGUUGUCACAUUGUCUUUUUAUCUAAUAAUUCAUAUACCUUUUAUAUGUAACUACAAUGCAUACUUUUAUGGGUUUUUUGUAUUAUUAUGGAACUGACGUGUAUGAAUUUUUAAUUACAUUUAUCAAAAGUAAUUGUUUCUGAAAUACCAAACCCUUUAAGACAUUACUAGCAAAAACAAUAAAAGUAAUUGUAAACAGGUUUUCUUUUACCUUCAACUUCUUGAUGGAGUAAGUGCUCUUUGACAUUAUCGGGAAAUUUAGUAUUUUUGGAAACGAAAUAAAUGUAAGGAAUUCAAUUGAAAAUCCGAAGAGAAAAAGUAUAGACUAUUGUAUAAUCUAAAACUAGUGUUACCAGACACAUAUAUCACGGAAGCUUUGAGAACAGUAAAGAUGACAACUGAAAAGGUACAACUAUAAGCUGAUCAACCUUUUUAUUGUGCGGUGAUAGUUUUAAUAGAUAGCCCUAUUUUUCUGAAAGCUUCCCGUCUUGGAAGAAAAACAGUACUUGUGAAAGUUUUGUAUUGACCUCUCUUGAUAAUUUCAAGGGCGAUGAAUAAACCAUGAACGUUUCUGUUGAAUAUUUAGAAGUUUAAAGUCAACUUAAAGUUAAAAUCCUUUCAUUCACAUCAGGUCAUGGCAAAUGUAAGUAUUGUGUAGUAUGGUAAAUAUGUAUACAAUGUCGUUUUCUGUGAAAUCUCCAAUAUUUUAAACCUUACGUUAAUUACUAUAAAUGCAUACACAAUUGUUUUAACAUAGGUUGUGUUUCACCAAUGAACAAAAAAUGAAAUACUAGUACAUUAUCAAUAAUUUUAAACAUUUUUUAUAUAAAUUCAAAUUAUAUAGUUGCAUUAGUUCCUAGUUUCCUAAAUAUAUAAAUCUUUGCGUAUAUGAAGUUUUUCAUACAUCUACUGUCAAAUGUUCUCCACGAUGUCGUACUGUAAAUUCGAUUUUUUUUGCGAAGACAAUUUGUGAUUAUUAUCUAUGAUAACCUCGGAAACAAUACGGAUUGAAAGUAGUUCUACCAAUUGGUUUCAGAUGUAAACAGAAAAACGAAUGUAUAUAAAGAAAAGUAAUGUCUGUUUCGGUCACUUAUGAUUGAAAAUAUGUCUGGCAACAAUUUUUAAUUUAAAUAAACCCACUGAUGUUCAAUUUUAAACAAAUCCGACUAAAUGCCAAGAGGUUGGUUUUUUGUACUUUCGGUUUCUACAACCAUAAUAAAAAUAUAGAAAUAAUGUAUUGUUUGCUUUUGUAUCUAUGAAUUCAUUUAUUUUAGGUAGACUUUUACUACAUAUAUAGGAAAUAAACUUGUCAACAACU